UUCCCUAUCGCCAUGGAGAGAGGCAAUCAUACAGUGACAGAGUUCAUCCUAGUGGGCUUCACAACAGACCCUGUGAUGCAGCUGAUCCUGUUUGUGGUAUUCCUUGGAGUAUAUUCUAUGACUGUUGUAGGAAAUACCACCCUCCUCAUGUUAAUUUGUAAUGACUCCCGGCUGUACACACCCAUGUAUUUUUUCAUUGGGAAACUGUCUUUUCUGGAUCUCUGGUAUUCCUCUGUCUACACCCCAAAGAUCCUAAUGACCUGCAUCUCUGAAGACAAAACCAUCUCCUUUGCUGGCUGUAUAGCUCAGUUCUUCUUCUCUGCUGGGCUGGCCUACAGUGAGUGUUACCUGUUGGCUGCCAUGGCUUAUGACCGCUAUGUGGCUAUCUCAAAGCCACUGCUUUAUUCACAGGCUAUGUCCAUAAAGCUAUGUGUAUUUUUGGUAGCAGCCUCGUACCUUGGUGGCUUUAUUAACUCUUCCAUCAUCACCAAAAGAACUUUUGCGAUGGAAUUCUGUAGUGAUAAUGUCAUUGAUAACUUUUUCUGUGAUUUGCUUCCCCUGGUGAAGUUGGCUUGUGGCAGGAAAGAUGGCUACCAGGUUGUGCUGUACUUCCUCCUGGCCUCCAAUGUCAUUACUCCCACUGUGCUCAUACUUGCCUCCUACCUCUUCAUCAUUGCCACCAUCUUGAGGAUCCGCUCCACCCAGGGCCGCCUCAAAGCCCUCUCCACAUGUUCCUCUCAUUUGAUUUCUGUCACUUUAUUCUAUGGCUCCAUUCUCUACAUCUAUUCUCGUCCUCCAUCUAGCUAUUCUUUGGAUAGGGACAAAAUAGUUUCUAUAUUUUACACUGUGGUCUUCCCUAUGUUGAAUCCCAUGAUCUAUAGCUUGAGGAAUAAGAAUAUAAAAGAGGCUCUGAAUAAACUCUUCAAAUAA